UAUCUUCAUAUGGUUGCCGAGUCUCUCCUUAUAAACUCAAAGACACUUGUCGAUUCCACCAUACACCCCAAUCUGAAGAUCGUUCAGACACGACACUCUUCUAAGUCCAACAACAACGUUUUUGCCGAACCGAACAUACACGAGUGAGUUAAGGGUAAUCAUUCCAAAGGACCCUGACUGAAAAUACCACAUGAUCUACUUUAGCAAGAUUAAUAUUUAAGACAGAGAUUGCUUAAGUAAAGACCAUACUUCUGCUUUAAGUCUUUAAAAGUGGGGUCAAAAUGAACUUCGCUUGGGAUGCAAUGAGUGUGAAGACACCUGGAAGUGUUAACCUAGCAAGCCAGUCUUCAAUAUACUCCCUCACUUUUGAUGAGUUACAAAGCACCAUUGGAGGAGUUGGAAAAGAUUUUGGAUCAAUGAACAUGGAUGAACUCUUGAAAAACAUAUGGAAUGUUGAAGAGACUCAAGCCUUGACAUCUCUAACUGGUGGAGGAGUAGGAGAAGGACCUAACAACCCAAAUGGUGGUACUUUGCAAAAACAAGGCUCAUUGACAUUGCCAAGGACACUUAGUCAGAGAAAAGUUGAUGAAGUUUGGAGGGAUUUGAUGAAAGAUAGUGGUUCAUCUAUGCCUCAAAGACAACCAACAUUAGGUGAAGUGACUUUGGAGGAGUUUUUGGUGAGAGCUGGUGUUGUGAAAGAAGAUACGCCUAAUCAUGCUCAACAAAUCGAAAGACCGAAUAAUAAUGAAUGGUUUAGUGACUUUUCUAGGUCAAACAAUAACACCAAUCUACUUGGCUUUCAACAACCAAAUGGAAAUAAUGGGGAUAUGAGCGACAACAAUAACUUAGUUCCGAAACACGUUCCUCUUCCUCCUUCCUCAAUUAACUUGAAUCACUCUCAACGGCCGCCACCACUUUUCCCGAAACCUACAACUGUAGCAUUUGCUUCUCCUAUGCAUUUGCUAAACAAUGCUCAACUUGGUAACAAUGGCAGAAGUGUAGGUCCUGGUGUUGGAACGCUUGGUUUAUCUGCCUCGAAUAUCACAGCUCCUGUUGCUUCUCCGGGAAGUAAAAUGUCGCCGGAUUUGAUUACAAAGCGUAAUUUAGAUCCUUCUUUACUGUCACCAGUUCCUUAUGCAAUCAACAGAGGGAGGAAGUGUGUUCCUGUAGAAAAAGGUGUUGAAAGGAGACAGAAGAGAAUGAUAAAGAAUAGAGAAUCAGCUGCGAGGUCACGGGCUCGCAAGCAGGCCUACACUGUUGAACUGGAGGCUGAAGUUGCAAAACUUAAGGAAGUAAACGAGGAAUUACAAAGGAAACAGGCAGAGUUUAUGGAAAUGCAGAAAAGUAAGGAGGACCUGGUGCGGACAAAUAAAAUAAAAUACUUGAGAAGGACACUUACAGGUCCAUGGUAGAUUAUGUGAGUUGUUUAAGAAAAUGAAGCCAUUAUGUCACAAAGACAGGAGUAUUGUAUGUAAGGUGUGAAGUGAUUACAAUUUUACACUAGACAGGAUGGUAGCUAAUAUGUAUAGGUAUUAGGUACUAGAAGCAUUUAGUUGUAAAUUAAAGUAUUAAACUUCCAUCUUGUGUAAUUAACUAUUUUAUUUACUUGAAUGUCAUUUUCUUGUAUUAAGUAUAUACUAAUGAUGAUUAGACCAGCCUGCCUGUGCCCUGUUAAGACUUAAGACUGUCUUAUGUUUCUCA